AUGGCAUCUAAUGCGGAGGGCUGCAGGGUGAAGUCUCCCAGAGCCAGGUCCCCGUCGCCAUUCCAGACCGGGCCCUGCCCCUCCCCCUUCCCGGAGCGUGAGCCCCUCCUCCACGCCAGUGGUGCCUGGGUCCGUUGGGGCAGAACCAUGGAGGAAAAGCCUUUCAAAGCGUCGGCCAAGUCUUCGGGCCGCCGUGGCUCAGGCGCGUCGAGCCCGCAGGACAUCCGGAAUCUGUGGACCACCUCGACGCUGUCGCAGCCGAAGCUGAGUGUGCAACUGCCCACUGUCUGCGAGGACCCGGAACUGGAGGGCAACAGUCUAGGCAGCAAGGAUGGCGGGUGGUACCAUCAGAAGGCCGGCCACGACUCGGAUGGGGGCUGGGAAGAAUUGGAUGACGGAGGGGACAAGGACGACUUCAAGCCAGAAGAGCUGGACGAGCACCCCUUGAUGGAGCUGGAGAUGCACCGCGGCAGCUCCCCGGGAAGCACUUUAGAGGACGGGGACGACGACUCCAGGAUCGACUCAGAAAAUUCUUCCUCAAUGUCAUCGCUCAAUAUCCCGAAGUAUACACCCCAUCGAGCCUACUGGGUGGAGCAGCAGCACAGGCUGCCCCUGCCCCUGACUGUACUCAUGGAGAACGAAGCUCUGGAAAUCCUCACCAAAGCCCUCCGGAGCUACCGGUCGGAGAUCGGCCGGGACCACUUUCUGACCAACCAGCUGCAGCGAUACAUCGAGGGGCUCAAGAGGCGCCGGAACAAGAGGAUGAACGUAGCGGGGCUCUGAAGAGCACUGCCUCGGGCUCGCGUGACCGCCCGUCUCCGUCCCUGGUCCCUGUCCCGUCCCCAGAUCCAAGCCUGACCCUGUUCACUUGGAAUUUGAGUCCUAGAGAAAUAAAAAGAGUCUGUACAUGG